CCUCGCCCAGUUCACGGCUGAGGAGGCUCCGUUGUGUCGGUGGUGGUACUGGUAUCUCUGUGUUAAACUGGGAGAAGAGGUUCGAUGUCGGCACCACGGUUCGCCUCUAUGACUUUAAACAGGAUGCAGCGGACAGACACAAGACGGGGAUAACGAAACCGAGCGAGGAGACAACGACGGGCGUGAAAUGAAGGCGGGAGGUGAAAAGGAAACAGACGAGUUUUAUAAGGCGGUGUGUGUCGGCAGGUCUUCAUGGCCAGGCUCACGGUCCUCUCUACCCCACAGUGGCGUCUGAGGUGCAGCAGCGGGUCCUCAUCAUUUGGGCACAUUGAUAUAAAUCAGAUAUAGCUGAAGUUCUCCUCUCCGGCUCCAGGAUGGCUCAGAGCGACUGCUCUGUCAAGGUCUCCCUGAGGAUCCGCCCCCAGAUGGCCAAGGAGAAGAUCGAGGGCUGCCACGUGUGCACGCUGGUCACGCCCGGGGAGCCCCAGGUGCUGCUAGGGAAGGACAAGGCCUUCACCUACGACUACGUGUUCGACAUCGACUCCCAGCAGGAGCAGCUCUACCACGCCUGCGUGCACAAGCUGAUCGAGGGCUGCUUCGACGGCUACCACGCCACAGUCUUCGCCUACGGACAGACGGGCUCGGGCAAGACGUACAGCAUGGGCACGGGCUUCGACCUGAGCGUGAGCGAGGAGGAGCAGGGCAUCAUCCCCCGCGCGGUGCACCAUCUGUUUGAGGGGAUCCAAAGCCGGCGCGCCGAGGCACAGCAGGCCGGCGUCCAGCCGCCAGACUUUAAAGUCAGCGCCCAGUUCCUGGAGUUGUACAACGAGGACAUCCUGGACCUGUUUGACAGCUCCAAGGACCUGGACAGCCGCUGCAGGAAGUCCAACAUCAAGAUCCACGAGGACGCCAGCGGCAGCAUCUACACCACCGGAGUCACCUCCCGGUUGGUCCAUUCAGAGCAGGAGAUGCUGCAAUGCCUGAAGCUGGGGGCUCUCUCACGCACCACGGCCAGCACGCAGAUGAACGCCCAGAGCUCCCGCUCACACGCCAUCUUCACCAUCCACCUCUGCCAGAUGAGGGUCUGCCAGCCGGCCCACCUGGAGAACGGGGGGGAGCUGAGCGGGGAGCUGAAUGGCCUGGGCUCCGGGGGGACCAUGAGCCAGCCAGAGUACGAGACCCUCAUGGCCAAGUUCCACUUUGUGGACCUGGCCGGUUCUGAGAGGCUGAAGCGCACCGGGGCCACCGGGGAGAGGGCCCGGGAGGGGAUCUCUAUCAACUGUGGACUGCUGGCUCUCGGGAAUGUGAUCAGUGCUCUAGGAGACCAGACUAAGAAAGGAGGUCAUGUCCCGUACCGAGACUCCAAGCUCACCCGCCUGCUGCAGGACUCACUGGGAGGGAACAGUCGGACGGUGAUGAUCGCGUGCGUGAGUCCGUCAGACAGGGACUUCAUGGAGACCCUGAACACGCUGAAGUACGCUAACCGGGCGCGCAACAUCAAGAACAAGGUGGUGGUGAACCAGGACAAGACCAGCCAGCAGAUCAGCGCCCUGCGCGCUGAGAUCGCCCGUCUGCAGCUGGAGCUGAUGGAGUAUAAGGCGGGGAAACGCGUGGCGUCCGAGGAGGGCUCGGAGGGCUUCAGCGACCUCCACCAGGAGAACGUCCUGCUGCAGCGGGAGAGCGACUCGCUGCGUCUGCGCGUCAAGGCCAUGCAGGAGACCAUCGACCACCUCAACACGCGCGUCACCCACAUGCUGGCCAAUCAGAUCAACACCCUGCUCACCAAGUCUGGCGAGGGCACCCAGGAGAUCAGCUCUCUGAUCCAGAACUACAUCAGAGAGGUGGAGGAGCUCAGGUCUAAGCUCCUGGAGAGCGAGGCCAUGAACGAGUCUCUGCGGCGGCAGGCGGCCCGGCUUUCCUCGCGCUCGCCCUUCACCUCCUCCUCAUUAAGCCCCGCCCCCGGGCACCCACCUGGCUCCUCCCCCGCCCCCCGGUCCAUGGAGGCGGAGAUGACGGACGUGAUCCGGCGGGCCAAGUUGGACAUCGAGCGGCUGAAGAAGAAGGAGAGGCGGCAGAGGAGGACGAGUCCGGAUCUGGAGAAAGGUUUGAAGAAAAGAGUGAAGCUGCAUUCCUACGAGAACGGAGAGAACGAACAGAACGGACAGAACAACGGACGUGAUGGAGAGAAUGGACAGAAUGGAGAGGUUGAUUCAGAUGACAACUAUGCUGAGGACAUCAUGUCUCCCUUGCAGGAGGAGAGUGGUAAUGACGAAGAUGAGGAUGAAGAGGAGGGUAGAGAUGAAGAGUUUGACAGCGAUGAGAGUCUGGUGGAUUCAGAGUCUGACUCUGAUGAAAAAGCUAACUACCAGGCCGACCUGGCCGACCUGACCUGUGAGAUCGAGAUCAAGCAGAAGCUGAUCGACGAGCUGGAGAACAGCCAGCGGCGGCUGCUGCAGCUGAAGCUCCAGUACGAGGAGAAGCUAAUCCUGCUGCAGAACAAGAUCAGAGACACGCAGCUGGAGAGGGACCGCGUCCUCCAGAACCUCAUGUCCAUGGAGAACUUCACUGAGGAGAAGGCGUGUCGCGUCAAGCAGGAUUAUGAGAAGCGCCUGAAGGAGAUGAACCGAGACCUACUGAAGCUGCAGGCGGCACAGAAGGAGCAUGGCCGUCUCCUCAAGAACCAGGGGCGGUACGAGCGGGAACUCAAGAAGCUCCAGGUGGAGGUGAAUGACAUGAAGAAAGCCAAGGUGACACUCAUGAAGCAGAUGAAGGAGGAGCAGCAGAGGAGGAGGAUUGUGGAGGCCAAGAGGAACCGGGAGAUUGCUCAGCUGAAGAAGGAACAGCGACGCCAAGAGUACCAGAUCCGGUCUCUGGAGUCCCAGAAGCGGCAGCAGGAGCUUGUGCUGCGCAGGAAGACCCAGGAGGUGACGGCGCUGCGUCGGCUGGCCAAGCCCAUGUCGGAGCGCGUGGCGGGACGCGUGUCGCGCUGGGGCCAGCCUCUGCUCCCCCCGCCCCCUCCCCCACCGCCGGACUCCGGAGCCGAGCUGUCGGCCAGCACCACGGCCAGCAGCUCGGAGCCCGAGUCGGGCCGCACGGUGAUCGGCAUGGUGCGCCAGUGGAACAGCAAGCUCCACACCCAUGGCUACCAGGCGGAGAGCGAGGGCAGCCUGGAGGGCGGCCGCAGCGGCCCUGGGGUCAGGAAGAAGAUCCAGAGGAAGGCGUUUGGCGUGGGCGUGGUGACGGCGGGCAUGCGGGGGGGCAGCCUAGCCAAGACGGCUCGCCAGAAGUGGCAGACGCUGGAGCGCCGCAUCAUGGACAUCGUCAUGCAGCGCAUGACCAUCGCCAACGUGGAGGCUGACAUGGACCGCCUUAUCAAGAAGCGUGAGGAGCUGUCCGCCCAGCAGGAGGCUCAGCUCCACAAGAGGGAGGUGCUGAUGGCGGAGGGGGAGGGGCCGGAGGGCGAGGACCGGAUCAUCCUGGAGAUGAACGAAGAGAUCGAGGUCCUGAACGCCAACAUAGACUACAUCAACGACAGCCUGUCCGACUGCCAGGCCACCAUCGUGCAGAUAGAGGAGACCAAGGAUGAGCUGGACUCCGUGGACACCUCGGUGGUCAUCAGCUCCUGCUCCCUGUCGGAGGCCAGACACCUCCUGGACCACUUCCUCAAGGCCUCCAUCGACAAGGGUUUACAGGUGGCCCAGAAGGAGGCUCAGAUCAGACUGCUGGAGGGCCAGCUCAGACAGACCGAUAUGAUUGGCUCGUCCCACAACCACAUGAUUCUGGAUGCUCUAAAGCUCAAGGCAGAGUACAAUCCUGAACUUCAGGCUCUCAUCUACAAUGUUCAGCAUGAGAACGGCUCUGCCAGCACAGAUGAGGAACCGUCCGAGUUCAGCCAGCUUUCUGACAACAGUUUGGCCCACUUGAAAGAGUCCAACAGCCAGGAUGAUUUUAAAACUAAGACGGAGCCCCGCCUCCUGGCCCAGAUGAAGGCGGUGUCGGCGGAGUACCUGGGUCCAUCACCGGACUCGGCGGCCAGCAGCAGGCAGCAGUACAUCACCAAGUCCCUGGCCUCGCUGACCGACAUCCAGGAGGACUGCCUGGGGAUGGGGCUGGGCCUGGGGCUGAGCCUCAGCCUGGCCUCGGGGGGCUUCGGCCUCAACAUGGCCCUCAGGGACCCCGGCCACAAGGAGCGUGCCUCCCGGACCGUCAGCCUGCCGGUCAGGGGACACACCUUUCCUAGGCAAUCCCGGGGUUAUGAGACUUCCCCCUUGAUGCGGAGGAAGUCCUACGACCGUGCAUACAGGCCGGCCGACGGCUCCACCCCUCCUUCCUCCCCCCCGCUCCGGAUCAGGAACGACCGCAACGUCUUCUCCAGGCUCACCAGCAAUCACACCCAGGGCACCGCGCUGGACAAGUCGGACGACAGCGACUCCUCUCUCUCCGAGGUGCUCAGAGGGUCGAUCGUCCCCAUCGGGGGGGUGAAGGGCGGCCGCAGCGCCCCCCUGCAGUGCCUGUCCGUGGCGGAGGGUCACUCCAAGCCCGUGCUCUGCCUGGAUGCCACCGAUGAGCUGCUCUUCACCGGGUCGAAAGAUCGUACGUGCAAGCUGUGGAACCUUGGGACAGGCCAGGAGUUGGCCACUCUGAAGGGACACCCAAACAACGUGGUGUCGGUCAGGUACUGCUCCUCCUCCGGCCUGCUCUUCUCCGUCUCCACCUCCUACAUCAAGGUCUGGGACAUCCGGGACAACGCCAAAUGUGUCCGCACGCUCACCUCCUCAGGGCAGGUGGUGGCGGGCGACGCGUGCGCGGGCACCACCACGCGCACCAUCACCUUUGCCCAAGGCGAGUACCAGAUAAACCAGAUCGCCCUCAACCCCUCCGGCACAGUGCUGUACGCCGCGGCGGGGAACGCUGUCCGUAUCUGGGACCUCACUAGGAUGCAGGCCAUCGGGAGGCUGACGGGGCACAUCGGCUCUGUCAUGUGUCUCACUGUGGGGCAGCCCCUCAAGGGCAAGGACCAGGUCAUCACCGGCUCCAAGGACCACUACGUCAAGGUGUUUGACGUAGCAGAAGGCACUCUGGGUAACGUAGGCCCGGCCCAUAACUUUGAGCCCCCCCAUUACGACGGCAUCGAGUGCCUGGCCGUGCAGGGAGACGUGCUGUUCAGCGGGUCCCGAGACAACGGCAUCAAGAAGUGGGACCUGGAGCAGCAGGAGCUCACACAGCAAAUCCCCAACGCCCACAAGGACUGGGUGUGUGCCCUGGCGUAUGUGCCCGGUCGCCCCAUGCUGCUCAGCGCCUGCCGGGGGGGCAUGCUGAAGGUGUGGAACGUGGAGAACUUCACCCCUAUAGGCGAGGUCAAAGGUCAUGACAGUCCCAUCAACGCUAUCUGCACCAACUCCAGGCACAUCUUCACAGCGUCCAGUGACUGCAGGGUGAAGCUGUGGAGCUACGUCCCGGGCCUGACUCCCUGUCUCCCUCGCCGGGUGCUGGCCAUCAAGGGCCGAGCCACCAGUCUCCCCUGAGUGUCUCACCAGCCCCUUCCUCCUUCCUCUGCGACAUGAGGGUGAAGAUCUGGCAAUCGAAGGCGAGGAAGAAGAGCUGAAGGAUCAGUGGAUCGCGUUGGGGGACGGAUUGACUGUAGCUUUGACCUCUGACCUGCAACCGUCUCCUACACAGGGGGGGGGGGGGUGGGCUGGACCUGAAAGACGCUAACAAACUAAUUUAUCCGUUCGUCACUUAGAGAAAAAAAAUGAAAAAGAGACAUGCAAUAUGUUGGACCACAUCUGCUGUUUUUUGUGUUGUUUUCUCCGUUUGAUCUGCCAAUCUUAAAGUGCCAAGUGCCAAUAUCUGUUGCCAGUUUCUUCGGCCAGAGAAACACCCGGUCGAUGCGUCUUUUCCCGGUCCUCCAAGAUCCAUCUGGAAAGAAAAAAAGAAAAAGUGUCCUUCUGUUUAUUUGUCAAGAGAUGAAAACAGAAACGAAAACAUGACAAGUGCUGCUCAGAGACAUCUUCCUGUGUGUAUAUUUAUUAUUAAGACUUGUUCUAGAAUGACAUUGACUGUCAUGAUUCCUGAUCCUACUGACUGAAACUCCCUCACCAUCCCUGUCCCCCCAUCCCGGCCAAAGACUGGACGUUCAACUGUUGGUCCUUCUCUUCUAAGUCAUGGGUCAUGGAUCAGACUGGAUGACAGCUGGCCUUCCAAUAGGGAACAUCCAUUCUCCGCGCUGGCUGUGGUGGACCCACCGUGGACAGGAUGCUCCUGAAUAAACCAUCACUGAAAUGAGAUGAAAAAAUCUAAAGUUAAGAUUGAUGGUAGAAAACAAACAUGCAUGGGUCAGGGUCACUGUACUUCAUGGUUUUGCUUGUCAUUUUUCUUUUUGUAUUUUUUUUUGCUGUAAUCCACUCUCCACUCUCUCCUGUCAGUCUACACCACUGACACUACUCCACCCUCCCACCUCCAUCUUCAUUUACUGCCAUUUUGUUUUGUCCUUCCCUACCUCAAUUGUUUUAUUUUUUUGUUUAGAAGAAAGCUGAGCCGGCACCUAUUUAUGGGUUUCUGAGAAUAACUGACUGCUUUGCUUUUCCGACCUGUUAAUUUAUGUUGCCAAUAGGCCCUGGGUGGGCCCCCUGGGUGGGCCCCCUGGGUCUGCCCACCACUGACCUGGCACAGAGCAUGUCCACCAGCGCCUCUCCAUACUGUGUAUUUAUAUCUGCACUGCUUACUUCAGCGGAAACUAAACAUAAUGCAACACAUCCCCAACACAUUACGCACACACAAACUCACACACUCUGCAAUACUUGUGAUCUAAGUACUUUAGGGACAGCCUAGCUCCGGGACAAGGGAGAGAGGGAGCCCCCAGUACCCACACACACACCCACAUCCCCCAGCCUUAUCACCAGCAUCAAACUGCCGAGCCCUGCUGGAGCCUUCACCUCCCCACCAGUCACUCCUCUUCCCAGGGAGAGAGAGGAGGAAGAAGCACAUUAAUUGGUGCUCUUCCCGCUCUGCCUGCGGCAGCCGUUUGAAGCGCUAAAAAUAGUCUGAGAGUGAGGAGGGAUUUCUUCUUUAAAUGUCCUGAUUAUUAUUUUCCGCUGCGACAUGACAGAGAACCUUUCAUUUGAUGAAUUUGUUUUUUUGUUGUUUGAGCAAGGCUGUCUAUCCGGCUCAAACAAACACACUCACACACAAAUAAGCAGGUGCUCUAGCACGCAUGCAGGCGUCCACGAAUACACACACACGCACACCACACAUACACUCGCACAGAGCCUUAUUGGAGGAUGUUGAUCAUUUCCAUUCUUGGAUUGCGAAUUAGCUCUUCGUACUACAGCUUUGUUUAGAGUCCAUUGAGCUAUAUUUAUUCACUCUCCAAGAACACACACAGAAGUGCAUUACACACAAGCAAAGAUACCACACACACUCGCACAGACUGCUCGCAAAAGUAACAAGUCUAGAAUUAAAGGUUUGAUCUGUUAUCUCUCUAUUGGCUGCUGUUAGGCAGAGUGUUUCCUCAUGUUUUCAGUGGUGGUGAGUUCUGUUUGCUUCCCUCACUGGAUUAAUGACUCUGACACAUCAUUAGCUGCUUGGAUCUUAUCCUAUAUUAACAUUACUGGUACAUAUGGAUUGGCCGUUGUACCAAACACAAACACACACACACACACACACACACACACACACACACACACACACACACACACACACACACACACACACACACAGAGAAGUAGUGAACUGCACAUGGUAAAGUUGACGCGGGAACACAUUAAGUAGUCCCACUAAGUGUUAUAUUCUAAAAAAUGUUGACAGGAGCUCCGUAUACAAUGCAAUGUCUCUGUAUAGGUAGCUGCAUAUACAGCCUUUGACAUGUUUGAUCUGGUGUGUGUGUGCGCGCGCGUGCGCGUGCGUGCGUGCGUGUGUGUGUGUGUGUGUGUGUGUUUGAAUGAGAAAAAUGUGAUCACUCAGGAAUGAAUUGUAAGAUGGUUGUUUUAGCCAAAAUCAUUUUUGACAUUUCAGAAAAUGUAUGUAGCUCAUAUGAAUUUAACCAAAUGCUUAUUUUUAUUUCUUUAUUUUUAUUAUAAUUCCAAUGUGUUUUUUUCUUCAUUGCUUUGUGCUCCCGUUCUUGUAUUCAAUCAUUCAUUGUUUGUGUUUUAAUCAUGCAGACCCCUUUUUUAAUCUCUCCCCUCCCGGUUUGUUCCCUUGAACCCUUCCAAUACUUAACUUCGGUAUUCAAUUCAAUUUUCUUUCUGAAUGGAAAUUCCGUAAUUUUAUUUAGGAUUUCUAAUUUGGCUAAUUUGGCUUUUCACUCAAGGGUUUUUCCACUCGCGCUCUUCUGAAAACGCGCUUGGCUUCCAAUCCUCCAGUUUAGCCCGGUUGCUAUAGCGCUCCAGCUUACCGUUUGGUCUCCAACCUCACAAACAUGCCAGAGUUUUAUGAGGUUAUUUUCUCUUUUUUCCCCACUGUGAUUUUGUUGUACUGUGAUUAAGUAGUAAUCCUAGGUACUUCUUAAGGUAUAGCCUGGCUCCAUGUUGACUGGAACAUGUUUUGUUCAAAAACCCUCCAGAAGCAGAUGCUUGUGCAUCCUCAGUGCUGUGCAUAGGGGUCUACAGUGUGUGUGCCCCCUUCUGCGUGCGCUUACAUCCCAUUGGCUUAACGUCUCUGGCUGGCUGCUAUUCUCCACAAGAAUCCCCGCCCCUAUUAUCCCUCCCAGAAUGUGUUAUUCCGUAUUCAUCUAUGCACACACAAACUAAAUAUGGAGAUUGUUUGUCCAGACUUGUCUUAGUGAGCUUCUAGCUCUGCCAAUGUCAACCCCUUCCCUUGUGCUGAUCUUCUGUAUAUAAAUGUAUCCCCUGUGUUUCAAUCUAGGGAGAGAUGUUGUCAUGUUUAACAAUGUAGCUGGCAGACAUAAAGUAGCCUACUUGCUAUUGAAUCCUGCUUAUCAGUCCUAGCACUGUUUCACAGGCACACAGUCCAAAGUCGAGCCUUGACUCUCGAGUUUACAGAGUUUGUGAUGACCAUUGUGUUUAUCACAAAUCAAACCUAUACUGGAAUUUUGGCAUUUUUGUGGACUGUUGGUGGAUAAGUUAUUGGUUUGGUGAAUACAAUGCUUUACAUACAAUCUGAGUGUGAAAAUGUUUCCAAUAGCUCAAGCACAUUGUUGUAGGAUUUGGUCUCAAUUAAUGCUAUUCCGCUUCAUUUGAGCUAUCAAUGGCUAUGGCUACCGCUUAGACGCACACCUCAUGUUAAUAUUACCAAACCGACUCAGCCAUCCAAUCAGCGGGCGAGCCGGGGAUCAUGUGACUAAUGAGACUUUGAGUUCCUUAACCCCAGAAGUACAAGCAUCUGAGCAGCAGGAAUGAGGCCACAGCCAAGGUAUAAAUGGCCUCAACACAUAAAGGUAUAAGGAGGACUUGUAGAGGUGGUGCAAAAAUGUAGGAUUCACUGUCGUUGCUGGAAUUUUAAAUAGAUUCCAAUUCCGCCUGGAGUACGGAUCAUAUUAUUCGGCCAUCAUCUUCUCUGCUUAUUCGACCAGUUUGGCUGAUGGAAUGACCUUCAAAACCAACGCGCAGAUCCCCCUGCAGGGCACUGCGCUGCAGAGCGGGGGAACGCAUCUGAAACACAGCCAAGUGUUGUUCAUGAGGGGACUGUGGGCUCGGGUGCUCGGUUGAAGAACCACAAGUGCACACAUUUCUUUGCCCUGCUGUCGCGGAAAAUGAUUUUACGUGUGUGUGUGUGUGUUUGUGUGGCUAGAAGUGAGGUCACUUGGGUAGCAGGUAUAUGUGAACUAUGAGCUCUUGGGACGUUAAGCACGGUCGAAGGUCAUAUGUGCCUUUUAUUGCACUGAAAACUUCCUCCAUUAAGACUGUAAAUGUAUGUACAGCUUUGAUUAUGUUUGUCCAGUACAUUUUGGGUUUUUAUUUUUUUAUUUUUAAUCCGACAAUGCAUGUAACCAAACCAUGUAAAUUGUCUCUUGACUGUAAAUAGUGUAAGUACGUAUUUAAUGAUGAACACAUGGAGGUCCCAUGGCGAAAAUAAAACCUAGUUGAAUACUGCUG